AUGUGCACGUUAGAGAAACGCGGUAACAUUUACAUCCUUACCCUCACCGGCGAUGACGACCACCGGUUGAACCCUACGCUACUUGACUCAAUCAGCGCCGCAGUCCACCGUGUCCGAUCGGAAACCACCACUCCAUCCGCCCUCAUCACCACCGCACACGGCAAAUACUUCUCCAAUGGCUACGACCUCGCCUGGUCUCAGUCCGAUCCGGAUCGGCAUAUCCUUAUGUCCACUAAGCUUAGGUUACUUGUUCGAGACCUAAUCUCUCUCCCGAUGCCUACGAUUGCCGCCGUCUCAGGCCACGCGGCGGCCGGCGGAUUUAUUCUCGCGCAGGCUCACGAUUACGUUCUUAUGAGGAAGGAUAGAGGAUUUCUGUACAUGAGCGAGAUGGAUAUCAAGCUCGUCAUGCCUGAUUGGUUCGUGAAGCUGUUGAAGAACAAGAUCGGAUCUCCGGCAGCAAUACGUGAUGUUUUGCUGAGAGCUGAUAAGGUCACGGCGGAAGUGGCAGUGACGAAGGGGAUCAUUCACUCGGCUCAUGAUAGCGCGGAGGAGACAGUGAAGGCGGCGGUAAGACUUGCGGAGGAGCUGGUGAUGAGAAAAUGGGAUGGACAGGUGUACGGUUGUAACAGGAAAGUUGUGUUUGCAGACGUGUUGGCGGCCAUGAACUUUGACGAGACCGUCGAGGACGUUGCCGGCGCAAAUAUUAUACCAUCCCGGAUUUAG